AAUAACAAAUUCAAACGGAAAAUAAAACGAUCGACACAAGUUUAGCGCCUUGCGGAUUUUGAUUGAUUUUGUAGCAAGAGGAAGAGGCAUUUAUAUGGGUAUAUUUCGCGAAAAUUGCUAAAAUAACAUUUUAAAAGUUUAGAUCAAUUGAAAAAAAAACAAAAAGGAUUACCGGUUCCCGAACAUCUGCACCAGGUGCAAAAAACGUGAAGAACUUCUUUCAUUUGUUGGUAUCUACAAAAUUCGCAUAAGCCAACCACCAUGAGCAAGGACAUUUACUAUUCGGAUAAAUACUAUGAUGAAAAAUUCGAAUAUAGACAUGUUGUACUACCAAAGGAACUUUCGAAAUUGGUGCCUAAAACGCAUCUAAUGUCGGAGCAUGAAUGGCGGUCUAUUGGUGUGCAACAAUCUCGCGGUUGGAUACAUUACAUGAUACAUAAACCAGAACCACAUAUUUUACUAUUUCGCCGACCAAUACAACAAUAAUCAUGCAUUACAAUAAAAAGUAUAACAAAUCAACAGGACCAGUAACCCACCACGUUUUGCUAUUGUUAAGAUCUCGGGCGUGCUGCACUGCCAUAAUUUAAUUAAAAACUAAUCUAAAAAAACAGUAAAUACUCUUAAUAAUUGCGUUCACUGUUUCAUAGAAAUACCAACUAUGCGCGUAAGAAUAGUUAAAUUAAACAGUAAUUCGCCCUUGUGUAUCCACAUGGAAAUCUCCAUUGUUGUACAAAUGGCUAUUAAUUUGUAAAUAUAAAAGAAAAAGGCAUGUGUCGGCCUGCCUGUUGCCUGUUCAAUAGCAUAGGUAUUUGUAACCUGAUCAUGAUUGCCAUAUAUGUAUUUUGAAAGCCAUCAAGAUCUGCAAAUAUUUUGUAUUUUUGAACAUACACAAAUCUUAUAUACUCGUAUUACUACUAUUAAGUACACAUUCGGAUUAUAUUCAGUUGAGUCUAAUCCAUUAUUUUCGCGCUUAAUUUAGCAUUAUAUUAUAUAUUCCCCUACCCAUUCAUUAAAUGUAUGUAUGUAUUUAAUUAAAAUAUUCCUAUUUUUUCUGGAUUUAGCGGUUAGGCUCCCUCAGCAUGUUUACAAUUCGAAAAUUUUAUUGGCUAGUGUCUUUUAGUUAUAAGACUUUAUGAAAUAGUAGGCUUAUAAUUUUUACAAUCAAAUGCAUGCGUCUUUUAUUGAUGUACAAAAUAAGAAGAAAUACACUAUAUAACAAUUUUUGUGAUUUCAAUAAUACAAUAAAUAGAAUCGGCGUUUGUUUCUUAAA